UCCAAUAUGGCGGACAGAASAGAAGAAAAGUUUCUAACUUUGAACGAAAAUCUAGGCUGCUUUUARWCAGUCAAAACUUUAGAAAAUAAUGACAACUUCAAACGAAGUACCAUUUCAUCGUCUUGAGGGCGUAAAACUCUCUCUCUAUUCAACAGAUGAGAUAAAAAAGCUCAGUGUGAAGCGAAUAACAAAUCCAGAAACUUUUGACUCUCUUCUUCACCCAAACUAUGGCGGGCUUUACGAUCCWGCGUUGGGGCCUGCAGACAGAGAUGAACUAUGCGAGACGUGUGGGCAAAACAACAUUCACUGCCCUGGCCAUCUUGGACACAUAGAGCUGCCKUUGCCYGURUACCAUCCUCUCUUUAUGAAGAUUAUGGUCGUGAUUUUGCGUUCCUCGUGUUUUUGUUGUCAUAAUUUGUUGAUACAGAAAGUUGCAAAGCAUACUUAUAAAUGCCAAGUCAAACUUCUUGAUUAUGGACUAAUUACAGAAGCAAAUGAACUAGAAACAAUUGUAAAGAACUUGAUUUCAACGUCUAACGAACAUGGGUUAAAAAGUGAGGCAGAUAACAGUACUAUAUCAGACAUAGAUAAACAUGUCCAUGAUCUCCUACAACAAGUUGAUAAAAAAGAAGCAAGAAAAAGAGCAAACGCUAUGAAUAUUACAGACUCACGACAUGAGAUUUCAAAAAACUUCUUAAAAACUCAUAUGGUUUCAAGGAGAAGGUAUUGUCCAGUUUGCAAGGCACCGUCCAGAGAAAUUCGUAGUGAGUAUAACUCAAAGAUUUAUUUGAAGCCUUUGCCUAAGAGGGAGGCWCAAAAGUGGGCUUCAACAAGAAUUGCAAUGGAACAUUUGAACAGUUUGGAGAGYCAUGCUAAGAGAGACCCAGAAGAGGAAUUCAUGGAUCAAGGGGAUGAAGCUACUCAAACUCCUGCAAAUGUAGCAGACUCAAACGACUGUGAUAAAGAAGUAGCAAAAUGUCUUCAGCAAAGCUUUUUAACCCCAAAAGAAGUACAAGAACAUCUAGURAAGGUUUGGAYGAAAGAYGGKGACUUUUUGAAUAUCCUUCUUGGUGGCUACCAGACUCCAAAGUCAAGACAUCGAAAGUCUUCCUCAGAAAUGUUUUUUGUUGAYAUACUUCCYGUUAUUCCAACACGAUUUAGACCAAUGUCAGCUCUUGGUGAAAAAAGGUUYGAGAAUCCCCAGACUGCUAACCUGUGUAAGGUUCUGAAGGACUGUGAGUGUAUAGUAGAUAACUUGAAGGGUCUCAACAAGAAACUACAACAAUCUACAGAAGAGRCUGGAGAUGAACCASAACCAGAACAACCAAAGAAAAAAAGGGGAAAGAAUGCUAAAGUGUAUGUCAGUGGUGAUACUCCUUCAGAAAGGUUGCAUAAUGGUUGGCUAAAGCUGCAAACUGAUGUCAACUGUGUAAUGGACAGCGAUCUUGAUAAGUUAUCUACAAUUAAAUAUCCUGGAGUCAGACAGUUAUUGGAGAAGAAAGAAGGCUUGUUUCGUAAGCAUAUGAUGGGUAAACGAGUAGACUUUGCUGCCAGAUCUGUGAUAUCACCAGAUCCUUACAUCAAUACUGAUGAGAUUGGUAUCCCAGAGGUGUUUGCAACAAAGCUUACUUAUCCCCAGCCAGUUACCACAUGGAAUGUUAAACAGCUACGYCAGGCUGUGAUUAAUGGUCCACUUGUACACCCAGGUGCUAUACUUGUGGAGAAUGAAAAUGGUACAAAAACACUGUUGAGUGACACAGAUGAAAAUCAAAGACAAGCCAUUGCAAAGAGAUUGCUGACUCCAUCRGGGAAUGCACAGAGUGCUUUGCAGUCCUGCAAAAAGGUUUAUCGUCACCUACACAAUGGAGACGUAAUGCUKCUCAACCGUCAACCCACACUUCACAGGCCCAGCAUAAUGGCUCACAAGGUCCGUGUCUUGUCUAAGGAAAAAACUAUCCGUCUUCACUAUUCAAACUGCAAAGCUUACAAUGCUGAUUUUGAUGGUGAUGAAAUGAAUGCGCAUUUUCCUCAGAAUGAGCUCGCAAGAGCAGAAGCCUACAAUCUAGCUAGCACAAACUUUCAGUACUUAGUACCCAAAGACGGCACCCCCCUGGGUGGCUUGAUUCAAGAUCAYAUUGUAUCAGGUGUUAGGAUGACCAUCAGGGGGAGGAUGUUCAACAGGGGGGACUACCAACAGUUGGUGUUUAGUGCCCUUAAUUUCAAGAACAAACCUAUUAAACUAGUCAAACCUUGUAUUGUUAAACCAMAGUUGCUGUGGUCUGGAAAACAGGUCGUUUCAACUGUACURAUGAACAUAAUACCAGAUGGUUUGAAACUACUGAACUUAAAGGGAAAAUCUAAGAUAAAUCCAAAGAAUUGGUCAACACACAAGCCAAAAAGACAGUUUCUUGACCUUGAGAUUCUCAAACAAGAUGAAAUGACUGAGUCUGAGGUUAUUUUUCGAGAGGGAGAGUUUCUGUGUGGAGUACUUGACAAGGCUCACUAUGGUAACACACCAUACAGUUUGGUUCAUUGUUGCUAUGAGAAAAUAAUCUUCAACUGAUGGUCCAAGCUGGUGCAAAGGGAUCAGCCGUCAACUGUAUGCAGAUAUCAUGUCUUCUYGGUCAAAUUGAGUUGGAGGGUCGACGUCCACCCAUUAUGCUUAGUGGUCGUUCUCUACCRUCUUUUCUGCCCUAUGAUACYAGUCCCAGGGCUGGCGGCUUUGUCGAUGGGAGGUUUUUAACAGGCAUUAGACCUCAGGAGUACUUCUUUCACUGUAUGGCUGGUAGAGAGGGUCUCGUUGAUACAGCUGUCAAGACAAGUCGUAGUGGUUAUCUACAGCGCUGCCUAAUAAAACAUCUAGAAGGACUACAAGUAAACUAUGACUUGACUGUCAGGGAUAGUGAUGGGUCUGUCGUACAGUUCUACUAUGGAGAAGAUGGACUUGAUAUUCUGAAGACCAAGUUUCUAUCAGAGAAUCAAUAUCCUUUUAUGAUAAGUAAUUACAAGGUGAGAAACACAGGGAACCCAAAAGGCUUCUAUAAACAUUUAGGACUGAUUGAGAGUAUAUUGUUUAGACUAUAUGAAAAGCUUUGUAGCAAACCACCACCUCCUGUUAUAUCCAAACUAAGACCAGACCAGUAUUUUGGUGCAGUUCCUGAGAAGAUMUCCUCAUCGUUAAAUAGCUACAUCCAAAGAAACCCGCACAAYAGCUUGUCUAAUGGAGAGGAAUCCAAGUCGAAUGAUACCGUAGAUGCUGAUAAAUUCCGAUCCCUAAUGUACCUCAAAACACUACGUUCACUCGUUGAGCCAGGAGAAGCUGUUGGUCUUAUAGCAGCUCAGUCAAUUGGUGAGCCGUCGACGCAGAUGACGUUGAACACAUUUCACUUUGCUGGUCGUGCUGAGCUCAACGUUACACUAGGAAUUCCUAGACUGAGAGAAAUCCUGAUGACAGCCAGUCCACACAUCAAAACACCCACUAUGGACCUUCCGUUGCUACCGACCAAAAAAGCUGUGAGAAAAGCCAAGAAACUACAAACGAAGUUCACUAGAGUGAUGUUAUCAGAGGUUCUUCAGUCCGUAGACGUCUGGGAAUCUCUUACUGCUAAGGAAUUGGGAACAAGGACGCGAGCGUAUCGAAUCCGAUUCCUUUUUUUACCCGAGUCGCAGUACAAGGACAAGUUCUACUGCUCAGCCCACGAUAUCCUUCACUAUGUGGAGACUGUAUUUGUCAAGAAACUAAUUGGUGUGAUCCAGAAAACCGUGAAAAACAAACAGACGCAGAGGCUUCUUGAAGUCGUAGAAGACAAGGGAACUCAGGGAGCCGCCGAAACCGGAACAGAAGAACCAGAUGAUGACGAUGAUAACGCCGAGCUUUCAGACGAWGAUGGUGCUGAUGGUGGAGCUGCCGAUAUGAAGCAAAGACAGAAACUUGAGCAACAUGCUAGCUACGAUGCUCCSGAUGUUGACGAGUUAGAAAUCGAGAAAGAACUAGGAGCAGAAAGUGGUGACGAUGAUGACGAGGAGCAAGCAAGCAUCAGUGAAACACAGUCUACUAUAGGAGAUCCUGAAGAUACGGCUUCCACUUUAGAAACGAAAAACAAAAGCAAACGAAAAUCUAGCAUGGAUGCUAGUAGACAAGAGCGUGUAGUCUACAGUGAUAAUCAUAUCGCUUCAUACUCGUAUGAUGACGAAGAAGAACAGUGGUGUGAAGUGGUUAUUAAGUUCCCAGUCUUAAGAUGGAAAGUGCGAGUCACAACUCUGAUUGAAAAGCUCGCUAAACAGAGUGUUGUAUACGAGACACCAGGAAUCAAACGAUGCUUUCUUGUAGAAGAGAAGGACACGAACUAUCUCAAGACUGACGGAGUCAAUUUCCAAGUUGCUUUUCGAUACCCCGAUAUACUGGACAUCAAUAAGUUGUACACUAAUGAUAUCCAUGCUGUCGCAAACACGUAUGGUAUCGAGGCUGCGGCUCGCGUCAUUGCCAAGGAAGUCAAAAACGUUUUUGGUGGUUACGGCAUMCAUGUGGACCCAMGGCAUUUAAUCCUUGUAGCGGAAUAUAUGACUUACGAGGGAAAAAUCAAAGCCUUCAACCGAAUAGGGAUCGAAUCAAGCGCGUCUCCCUUCCAGAAGAUGAGCUUUGAAACKACKACGCACUUUUUACGUGGUGCUGUCUUGUCUGGAGACACAGAAAAUCUCAAAUCACCUUCGUCGAGGCUUGUUGUUGGCCGAGUAGUUGGUGGAGGGACUGGAUGCUUUGAAUUGCUUCAGCCGUGGUGUUGAGAAGUUGUUGAAAGGGUUUCCUGUGUCGAAGCUUUAGGAGAGGUCUUUCGUUUAGUUGAAAAUAAAUUCUUUGAAUAGUAGAUAACACGUUGAUGGUUUUUUGACGUUUUUCAUGCAUGUAUUUGAACACUUUUUACAUCUCAACUCAAUUCAGUUGCGAUAGUAUAGGUCCUUCACAAAAUUUUUUAGUCCUGGCAGCACAUUUCUGCAAUUAAAAGAAGUUCUUUG